AUGGACACAUUGGCCGUGGUGACUUCGCUCCUAGGCCUUAUUUGCCUGGGUCCCGCUGAAGGUGGCAUCAAUGAUGAUUACGUGGGAAACGGCGAAGCGCCAUACAUCAUCGAGCAGCCCCUAGAUGUCACUGUGGCUAGACAUCAGCCCGCCACGCUGAACUGCAGAGCGGGCGGUUCGCCGGCUCCAACGGUCAGAUGGUACAAAAGUGGAACGCUUGUGGUUUCCGACACCCACCGUAGCCUGCUGCCAGCGGGUGAUUUAUUUUUUCUGCGGGCCACGCAUGGCAGGGCUCAUUCCGACGCUGGGGUCUACUGGUGCGAAGCCACAAAUCCAUACGGAACUGCCAGAAGUAGAAACGCUACUCUGCACGUUGCUGUGCUACGUGAAGAGUUUCGACUUGAGCCGGUUACAACACAAACAGCUCAAGGAGAAACCGUGAUAUUAGAAUGUUCCCCGCCACGUGGUUCUCCGGAACCUUCCGUAUACUGGAAAAAGAAUGGACAAAUACUUCAUUUUGACGGUGACUCAAGAAUGCAUUUGGUAGAUGGAGGAAGUCUUGUUAUUCAAGAUGCUAGACAAACUGAUACCGGUAGAUAUCAGUGUAUAGCGCGUAAUGCAGCUGGCACUAGGGAAUCUACAAUUGCUACGUUAAAAAUACACAUUAAACCAUAUUUGAUUGCUGGACCUGAAGAUAUAGUCACCCAGACUGGUGGCAGCGUAACAUUCCAAUGCCGAGUGGGUGGAGAUCCCCUUCCUGAUGUUCUGUGGCGACGAACAGCAGGCGGUGGAAAUAUGCCACUCGGUCGUGUAAAGGUCUUAGAUGAUAGAAGUCUCCGACUCGAUAAUGUAGUCCUCGGAGAUGAAGGAGAAUAUACCUGUGAAGCUGAUAAUUCAGUAGGAGCCGUAAGCGCCAGUGGUUACUUAACAGUUUAUGAUCCUCCCUCAAUUAACAUGAAGCCAAAUAAUGUAAUUAUUGAAAGUGGUGCAGUAGCAACUUUUACAUGGAAACCAUCAAACUCAAGAGCUGCGCAAACUUUAGACGACGUACCCGAUGGACCUCCAACAAACAUUGAAUUACUGAUAUUUAACUCUACAACGGUACAUUUGAAAUGGUUUCCUCCAGAGGCUCACCUACAGAACGCCGAAACUUUGGUCGGUUUAGGCCCGUUUAGUCAAAAAGUAUAUUUCAAUACGGAUUCCCGGUCGAUUGGCUUAGAUCCAGUAUCCAGAUAUCCAUCAAACGGAGAAGUAUCUAUUGUUGCAGGAGAUUUUGUGCUCGAAUCAUGGUUUUAUUUCCUCAUUGGAGCUAUAAUAUUAUUUAAAGUGAUUAUGAUUGGUGGUAUUAUAUAUGUGCGAAAACACAACAUAUUCGCAAAAAAGUCUGCACUGCCAAAUAUAUACGAUUCCAAUGGUACGAGCUUAGUCACUCAAAUGAAUAUUAAAGCUGCAGUGUCACUUUCACAUCCGCUGACUAGUUGCUAUAACAAAAAUACUGUUACAAAAACAGAAUCACUCCUCUGGAUGGAAAAUCAACCUGGUUUGUGUUUGUCUGGAGCACAUACCAACCAAAGCAAGGACAAAACAAACUCGGAAUAUGACAAAGUAGCUCAUCCAUUACCCGAAUAUGCGGAAGUAUCAUCUUCGAGAGUAAAUGGAAAUGAGUGGAAUACAACUAAAACUGUCAACAGUCCUGCAGCCUAUGCUUCAGUUACUCUAGUUGCUAAUACUAGGCAAUGUGUUAGCUCUCUGGGUUGGUUUCCUCCAGGAAAUAAAAAUAUAGAAAGUUUCGAUAACUCCUAUAUGCCUGAUGAAGAGCUUUAUCCGGCCAGCAAUGGGGGUUAUUACAAUCGAAACGUAUAUAGUGAGAAAUACUUUCAGGGCCACCCGAAUGUUUUGAAAUUUCACGACUUACCGGCUCUAGAUAAAACACAAAAAGCUCAAAUAAGAUAUAACCAGAGCUUAGAAGACAGGAAAGUCGAUAAAAAUAUAAUAAAAACAGACGUUACUCAAUCGUUAAUAGGUCGAACGGGUAGCGUUAAUUCAAGAAAUAACUCUGAAUCUGAAACAACUUAUAGAGCCUUCGGCGAAGAAGAGUCUGACGAAGAUAAUUACGCCGAAGAGCUCGUUUAUGACGAUUUACAUCAGAGGCAGAGGGCUAAACAUCAAUAUGAACGGCCUAAUUUUGACAACGAUGGUACCCGAACACUGGCCCGUUUGACGUCAUUCAGGCACGGUCAGACAGCAUUAAGUGGAGCGUCCCAGGCGUCCCUUGCACCAACCCACCCACCCCCGGCACCGCAUCCGCGUGUUGAUUCAGUGACGCGG